AUGAAGCUGUUCGUGGCUUUGAUCGUUGUGCUCGGCAGCGCCCAUGCUGCGCAGAACGGAAUCGACUUCAUCCAGGCCGUCUCGCAGGCCACGUUCACUUGCCUCAAGAACAACGGAAUCAGCUUUGUGAUCCCGAGAAUCUUCACAAGCGUCGGAACUCUCGAUAACACCGGAAUCAACAAUUUGAAGAAUGCUCACGCAGGUAAGGAACCGGCUAUUAUAGGGUGUCAAACUCCUUUUACCUAAAAUAUAAUGUUAUACAGUCUUCCUCAUAGUUGAGUCUAAUCGAGUGAACGAAAAAAUAAAAACCUCUAGGAAGUGCCUUUUGACUCAAAAUUGUUGCGCUUUGAAGUCUUAAACAAUACUCUCUAAUCUGCUAUGUUCGAGACUUCGAGUGAUGAAAAAGUCGCAUUGCAGCCGGAAUCGCCACCGUCGACGGCUACCUCUUCCCGUGCCUGGCCUCCCACUGCCCGUCCGGAGCCCUCCAGGUCAAGGAGACCCUCAACGCACUCACCCAACACGGAACAAAGGUCGCCACGCUCUGGCUCGACAUCGAAAGACUCGCAUGGCCAGCGAACCACGCGAGCAACCGCGCCUUCAUCGAGGCGAUGGUGAAGGAGGCCGAAGGACUGAAGCAGACCGUCGGAAUCUACAGUAACUACUACAACUGGCAAGACAUUGUCGGAUUGGACUACACGGGACUCAACCAUCUGCCGCUCUGGUGGGCCGAGUACGACGGAGAGAAGGACUUUGCAAAGUACAAGGAGUUCGGCGGGUGGUCGAAGCCGAAGAUCCACCAGUGGCACGGAACCGAGAACGGACCGUGCUCCGUCAGCGUUGAUCUGAACUACAUUCCAUAA